AACAACCAUUCGCGUGACAAAACAUUCUUAAAACUCCCAGAUUUCACAGAUCAUCAAUCUCCCCUUCCUUCCUUCAAUUUCACUCAAUCCCAUGCACACAUAACUUCCUCCCUCCCUCUCUCUCUCUCUCUCUCUACUCACUCUCCCGGAGUCAGAGAGACCCCACUUCUCUCUCUUGCCACCAGACUUUCUAUUUCCUUUUGUCCAACUCCGUUAGCCAGUCUCGAUCUCUCUCUAUCAAAACUCAAUAUUGGCGUAAUUGAAGCACUGAACGAAGUAAUAAACAAUCCCCUGGACUCUGCUUCAUUUUGCACCCCUAAAUAGCAACAUGGUAUGUUCACAGCCUUCUUUGAAUGUCUAGAACCCCAUGUGCUGCAAACUCGGAUUUCAACAUAGCAUUAUCUUGUUAGUUUCCUUAGCAUUAAGUUUUAGAUCUGUGUUGGUUUUUGUGUGAUAUAGCUUGGUACCAUAAAUUGAGCUAACUAUUUCUCUUGAAAGAUACAAUCUUGGAGUUUUGGGGCUCUUAGUUGGAGAUAAAAGUUAAUUUCUUUUCGAGUUUUUCGAGAUUUUAAAGCAAUUUCAAUGCCAAAAGGGUGUGUUUAGAUCAGACCCAGAAGGUGAAUUCUGACUAUAAAGAUGCAGUCAAGAGUUGUUCCAUUGGAGGAAGGGAAGGACCCUGCAGUUUCAAUCAAAGCAAGCCAAUCCAAGCCCUUUCCAAUAAGGUUACUUCAAUUAUUUUUGCUGUUUUUAGCUCUAUGUAUGGCCUUUUCGAUCAUCAGUAUGUAUACAAUCAAGCGUUUUGGAGUUCAGACUGCAAGGACAACUGUUAAGCCUGCCUUUGAGCCUUGCUUUGAUGAACCUGAUACUUUGGAUCGUUGGAUUAGGCCUCCAUCUAAUCUGCUCCAUAAAAUGAGUGAUAAAGAGCUCUUUUGGAGGGCUUCAUUUGUUCCUGGAAUAAAGAAGUAUCCCUUCAAGAGAAUUCCAAAGAUUGCAUUUAUGUUUUUGACAAAGGGGCCAUUGCCUCUGGCACCUCUUUGGGAAAGGUUUUUGAAGGGGCAUGAAGGGUUAUAUUCUGUUUACAUUCAUCCAUUGCCAACAUUUGAAGCCAAAUUUCCAUCUUCUUCAGUUUUCCAUCGGAGACAAAUCCCAAGCCAGGUUGCUGAAUGGGGUAGGAUGAGUAUGUGUGAUGCGGAAAGAAGACUCCUGGCAAAUGCAUUGCUCGAUAUCUCCAAUGAGCGGUUUGUUCUCGUAUCUGAAUCUUGCAUUCCUCUCUAUAAUUUCAGUGUCAUCUAUGACUACAUGAUGAGAUCCAAGUAUAGCUUCAUUGGUGCAUUUGAUGAUCAUGGGCCAUAUGGGAGAGGACGGUAUAAUGAGAACAUGGCACCUGAGGUGAAUAUUACCCAGUGGCGCAAAGGAUCUCAAUGGUUUGAGAUCAACCGAAAGCUUGCAGUCAACGUAGUGGAAGAUGCUAGAUAUUACCCAAAAUUUGAAGAAUUCUGUAAGCCAAGUUGUUAUGUUGAUGAACAUUAUUUCCCCACCAUGUUAACCAUUGAAGCAGCACCUCUCUUGGCUAACAGAACCCUUACUUGGGUGGACUGGUCAAGGGGCGGGGCUCACCCAGCCACCUUCGGAAGAGCGGACAUAACCAAGGAGUUCUUCAAAAAGAUUCGUGAAGAUACGCAUUGCGUUUACAAUAAUCAAUCCUCUUCAGUUUGCUUUCUUUUUGCGAGGAAGUUUGCGCCGAGCGCUUUGGAACCUCUGUUACAGGUAUCACAAAACGUAUUGGGAUUUUGAUAAAUGGAAUCGCCAGCCAAGUUCUAGCAGUUGUGAAUGGUUGGGAGGAACAUGCUACUUUCAUUCGUUGCAUUUUAUGUUGGUUCCUUUUCAGGCGCUAUCUUGGAUGAUGUGGUGUGCUUUCAAGCUUGUUCCCUUGUAGGAACGCUCAUGUCCAAAGCAAAAUUAGAUGUACAGAGUACGUAUAGCUAAUGCCACGUGCUUGAUUUUAAUA